AUGCCUGCUACGACAAGGAGCAAAACCACCCAGACUAGGCUCGACGACUUUGCAAAUGACGACGAGGUGACAACCAAGGGACUAGAAAACCGGACCGCCAAGGAAGCCAACAACGCAAGCAGUGCAUCCUCCAAAGCCGGAAGAUCCAAAAAUAGUCUCGAGACAGGGGCCGAGAAACCCUCAAAGACAAAGAAAUCUUCGACCGCCAGAAAAAGAAAAGGGGUCACCAAGAAUGUAGGUGGGGUCUCGAGCGAAGAGGAGCACCAACCAUCAACCACAACAACAGGACUUCCGGCAAAGAAACAACGACAACAGAAAAAGAUUUCUGCAUCUAGCGAUAUCACGCCUGGCAGUAUUGUGAUCAACCGUGCGCCCGUGCUCCAACUCUGGGGCGCGAGCGUGGCUCGGUUCUUGCACCCAGAUGUGGCCUGGACUACAUGCCUGGGCAUCGGGUCCCAGAUCGCCACACUCUGCGCAAUUUCCAAAGGCAGGAGAAUCGGGGCGAUCGAGCCAGCGGAUGCCGACAAGAAAGCCGAGAAGAAGCGCAAGACUGCCGAGGGCGCCGAGGGCGCCGACGAAGACCUCGAAGUCAUGGGGUUCGCAAUGCACGUCAAGGACGGCGAGGUGGUGGUGCAGGGUAAGCCGAAGAAGGCGAACGAGGCACAGCUGAAAGGGAAGUUUGGGGAUGAGGGAUACGAGGCCGCUAAGCUCGCGAUGGCCGAGGCGCUCAAAAGCUGGAAGGGGGAGGAAGACGAAUUGGACAAGAAGGCCUUUGCAAUGUAUGAGCAUUUUCGACCCAGCGUGCAGAGUGGACAGGCCGGAUGGGGCAGGAAGGGGGAGUUGAGUCUCGAAAAGAUUCACGAGUCCGUGCAUCGAAAUUCGUGA